UAACUCAGUCCAUCUGGUUCAGGGGAAAAAGCAACUGAGUCCACAGUCAGCUGACCUUAGCGCAUGCGCAAACAAUCCAUACUCUGUGGUUCAGCUGUAGCAGACUAAACAACACACUCCUUAUUGUCUCUGUUGUGUUAGUUUGUACUGUUGAAGUGAAGUUUUAGGUUAUUAGUGUUUAUUUGGUGUGCGUAUUUGAAUUAGCGUUGGUGAAUAUUGUGUUUAGUGCCCAAUCACUUGAAAAUGAUUGACGGUGAGCUGCAAAGUGAAAGUGAUGAUGAAGCCACUAGGGUAAGUGAAGUAAAAACUACGAAAAAACGAAAAAUAACUGGGAGAGUUAGGGAUGUCGCCAAAAAGCUACGGGCUUGCUCAUAUGAAACGGGUGAAGAUUGCCGUUGUAAACGAUACGAAUGUUUUCAACAAGUUACACCAGAAGAGAGAAAUUCCUUAAUUAAACAAUUCAAUGACAUAGGGCGUGAAGGAGGUACCAAUGCUCAAAACAGCUACUUGGGUGGACUAAUUGCGUUGCAUCCUGUUUCUCGGAGGAGACCUCGGCUAGACGAAAACCAAGCUAGAAUGAACGAAGGUUCUUUUUCAUACAAAGUUAGAGUUGUGAGAGAUGAGUCUGCCGUUGAGAUCCCUGUUUGUUUUAAGGCCUUUCAGUCUCUUUUUGGUGUUAAACCUUUUAGGCUACACAGAAUCAAGCAGUCAAUAAUGACCACUGGUAAAUCUCCCGUAGAUAACAGAGGAAAACAUUUUAAUCGACCUCGUAAAGUCCCAGAGGCUACACGCGAAGCUAUGAUGAGCUUUUUUUGUUCUUUAAAAGGUAGACGGGCUCAUUACAGCCUUCAUGACAGUACCAAAGUGUACUUACCUGAAAAUUUAAAUGUCAAGGAGCUUCUGUCAAUGUUUUUAAAUAAGAACCCAGGCAUGGAAAUUUCCUACGAGACAUUUCGACACACCUUUGUCACUGAGUUCAAUAUCGGGUUUGGAUACCCAAGAACUGACACAUGUUGUUUUUGUGACGAAAAUAAUGCAAAGGUUUCAGGAAUUGAAAGAAAGAUUGCUGCAGUGUCAGUUGAAGAAAAAGAAUCCCUACUUGAAGAAAAGAAAAAAACUGGAGGAAGAGCAAAAACUGCAUAUUACUAAGGCAGAUUGGUUUUACAAGUUGAAACGUAAAGCCAAAAAAUCAGCAAAACAACGCAAUGAAGUGGAGGCUAUUGCGAUUGAUUUCGGGAAGAAUCUACCGACCCCCAACAUCUCCACUAGUGAAGUUUAUUUUAGACGACAGUUGACAUUUUACAUCUUCAAUGUACACAUCUUGUCCACUGGGGAAUCCAUCAUGUACACCUAUGACGAGACUGUUGGUAAGAAGGGAUCUGAUGAUGUUGCCUCUUUUUUGUACGAUUUUGUCCAAAAUUACCUGUCAAUGGAAGUGAAAACCCUCUACAUCUUUGCUGAUUCAUGCGGAGGUCAAAAUAAGAACCACACUGUAAUGAAGAUGUUGCACUACCUCACAACUGAAGAGAAACGGUUUGACAAAGUUAUAGUGACUUUCCCAGUAAGAGGACACUCUUAUAUGGAAAAUGACAAAAAUAUGGGAUUAAUCCCUAAAACAGCAAAAGCUGAAACACCUGACGGUUGGAGAUCUGUGUUGGAGAACGCUCGAGUAAAACCAUCACCCUUCACAGUGGUUUCUUGCCAACAGAAAAUGUUCAAAAAAUGGGGAGAGUUUUUGGCAUCCAAAGACUACAAAAAUAAGUUUCUCUUUGCCGUCAGACCGGUAAAACAACUUAGAUUUUUCCAAGAUAAAUGUCUCAGCUUAGAAUAUCGGAACGGAUACAAUGGGGCCUUUUUCACAUCAUCCAUAAAGAAGAAUGAUAGAGAGAAAGAAAGAGAAGAAAAACAAAGAAAAAAGAAGAACUUGCCUAGGCCUGAGCAUAUGGCUGAGCCUGAACAAUCCUACAAUGCACCCUUAGCACUGUCAAAGGAAAAGUGCAACGACCUAAAAGUCCUUCUAAAGUUUUGCGAAGAAGAAGGUUCAAAGGAAUAUUACAUGAACCUUUUUGUGGGAAAUGAAACAGCGAUUGAGGUUCCAGCCGUUGAUGUAGCCGCUCAUGAGACUGCAGAAGCUAACUUUUAAAGGAAGAAACCUCAAGUGAAAAUGUAACCUAAAGUGGAGGUAACCAAAAGUGUGUGGAGCUAACUAAAAGAAAGACGUUGGACCAUAUCCAAUGAAAAUGACAGACUUUCACAGUUUUCAAAUAUUUACAUAUAUCUAAGUUUUGUUUUGUCCUUUUUUCAAUCAAAUGUGAUAAUAAACCAGAAGUUAAAAAAUA